GCCUCGGCCCUGCCAUGGACGGGCCGCAGCCCCCGGCCCCCUGGGAAGCGCUGGAGGACAUCCUGGAACUCAGCCAGAAGCUGCCAGGAGACUACUUCUGGUACAAGGACAUCCCCUUUCCCCUCGGCCUGUACUCUCCAGACAGCAUCAGCCAAGCAGAGAACGCCCUGGACGUGCGGGAUGACGACAUCUUCAUCAUCACCUUCCCCAAGUCAGGCACCAACUGGAUGAUCGAGAUUGUCUGCUUGAUCCUGAAGAACGGCGAUCCUUCCUGGAUCCGCUCGGUGCCCAUCUGGGAGCGGGCGCCCUGGUGUGAGACCAUCAUGAGCGCCUUCAACCUCCCGGACCAGCCCAGCCCCCGCAUCAUGAGCUCCCACCUCCCCAUCCAGCUGUUCACAAAGGCCUUCUUCACGUCCAAGGCCAAGGUGAUCUACCUGGGCCGGAACCCCCGGGAUGUGGUGGUUUCCCUUUAUCACUAUUCCAAGAUUGCCGGGCAGUUGAAGGACCCUGGCACGCCCGACCAGUUCCUUCAGAACUUCCUCAAAGGCGAAGUGCAGUUUGGUUCCUGGUUUGACCACAUUAAGGGCUGGAUCCGGAUGCAGGGCAAGGAGAACUUCCUGUUCAUCACCUACGAGGAGCUACAGCAGGAUCUCCAAGGCUCAGUGCAGCGCAUCUCUGAGUUUCUGGGCCGGACGCUGGACGAGGAGGCUCUGGGCUCCGUCGUAGCACACUCGGCCUUCAGCUCCAUGAAGGCCAACGCCAUGUCCAACUACACGCUCCUGCCCCCCAGCCUGCUGGACCACCGCCAAGGCGCCUUCCUCCGGAAAGGGGUCUCCGGAGACUGGAAAAACCACUUCACGGUGGCACAGAGCGAGGCCUUCGACCGCGUGUACCGCGCGCGCAUGCGCGGGCUGCCGGCCUUCCCCUGGGACGAGACCCCGAAGACCUCCGAGACCCCGGAGGACGCGGAACCCGACGCCGACGCCCCCCGCCCCGGCCCCUGA